AUGCUCUCAACGGUCCGUUCUGCCAAGGCAAGAACCUUUCAAAGGAGCUCAAAAAACUCCAUUCUGCUGCUUCGUCGUUACAGCUCUCAUCAAAAUGACCACGGACACUCGCAGGAACACCACGACCAUGACGACCACCACGAGCUACCCCUCAGCGAGGAGGAGCCGAUUGUGAAUAGAUCAACAAUCGCCGGAGCAGCCGCCAUUGCACUUGGAUUUGGGUACUACUAUGCCAAUGAUAAUUACAAGAAGAAUCACGACGGCAAGUCUCUGGUGUCGGCAUUUCACUCACCCAACGUCUGGGGGCAGCUGGAGGAGAAUUUUUUGGCCUAUCGAGCACGGGUCGAAAAACAAAGAGACAUAACUGAACUUCUCACAAUGCCACAAAGAAGAGACCAUAGAGCCUCGUUCAUUGACAAUGACGGCAUUCCUGGUAGAAUUUUCAGCCAAAACGCAAACUGCGAAUUCAAUGUGAUUCGGGACUUUUCUGCGCUCCCUGAAAGAAGAAAGCCCGGGUGA